AUGGACUCCUCGUUUGGCACUUCGUUUAACAUAUUCAAAAUAUAUCGCCAGUAUUGCGACAUUAUGUCCGCGGUGCAUCCUAGUGUGGGAGAGAGCUACAGGCCAGACGACGAGUCACAGAAAUUGAGAUUUUCAAGAGAGGCACUGGCACAGCUAUUGACGGUGGUGGAGUCUAGUGUGAAUACAAGGGUUUCAAUUCUUGAGGAAGCUUAUAAGCUGAUGUCAACAUUAGACUUGAUGGCAGAUUUUUCUGAGUUCUUGCGAUUCUAUGAUUUUGUCUUCUUCGUAUGCCGCGAAAAUGGUCAGAAAAGAAUCACUGUAAGCAGGGCUGUUAUGGCCUGGAGAUUAGUUUUAGCUGGAAGGUUUCGAUUGCUUGAUCAAUGGUGCAACUUUAUUGAGAGUAACCAGCGACAUAACAUUUCCGAAGAUACAUGGCGACAACUUUUAGCAUUCAGUCGCUGUGUGCAUGAAAAUCUUGAAGGGUAUGAUCCUGAAGGAGCUUGGCCUGUCUUAAUUGAUGACUUCGUUGAGCACAUGUACAGGAUCAGGGGAUCCAGUGACCCUCCUAAUUUAUUCUGCACUUGUCGUGACUCAGAAGCCCAGCAAUCUGAUGGUGCAGGCUUUAAAAAUUUAUACGGGUUGAAAACUUUUCCUGGUUUCAAGAGAAAGUCUAGCAAUAACUUGCAGAAAGCAACGGACUUUUCAGACGGGUAUGUCAGCCCUAAUACCAUGACAAAUGCUAAGCGAAGGCACUUCUAUUCUCCUGGAAAAACUGUUACCUGGGGAGAGAAUCCACAUGGUAAUGCAAUAGACGAUUGUGUAGAAAUUGUUAAGCAUAACAGUCCAUACGGUUGUACAAAGCCAUCGUGUGCAGUUGAAGGCUGCCUUUCCAAGGGUUUUGCUCAACUUUUUUCAAGUGGUUCGCGUUCACAGUUUGACCAGGAUAUAAGAGUCUCUUCUACAUGA